AUGCCGAAGAUCACCAUCAUAGACAAGGAAGUCAAGCGUGCCUUUAACCCUAUAGCCCACAACAUCUUGGAUCUCGUGGACGGCCAGGUCGCCACGGUUAACGCAAAGACGGGGGCGGUCACUGGUCUCAAUGGCAGUGAUGACGAUGACGUCGAGGGAGACAGUGGUGCUCCCGGUGCGGCGUCUGCUGCCGCCGCUCGUCAGUACCCCGCGCUGCCUAUUUCUUCCCUCUCAUUCUCGUCCCUCUUGAGUCUUGCGCCAGCUUCCAACUUCCCUCCUGCACUUGCACUUCUUCACCAGCGCUCGCCAGAAAUUUCAACCCCAAGCGCACUAGCACCAAAGCAACAAGACCAUUCGGCGACCUAUGCCACUUCCCUUCACAGGGCACCGCCAUCAUUCACAUCUUCUCAGAGGUUGAAGCAACUUAUCUUCUCCCUUCGGCGCGCCGUGUCCGCAAGCUGCUUGUCGGCGGUACGUGGUGUAGAUGUUCCGAAGCUGAACUCCGCUCUAUCUUUGGUCACUACGGCGGAGUACAAACGUGCGAUGGUCAACAGAGACGGGAGUCCAGUCCUCAACUUCAAGAUGUCUUCAUCCAAAAGCCAAGAUGGUGAGCAAACCAUGCCUGUAUACCACUCGAACCACAGCUACUUGUUCACCAAGGUCAUUGAGCGUCACCCCAACCUCACCAAAGAUGAGCUCGAGAAGGAGUUCAAGUCCAACGUUGAGGGCGCGUACGUUACUGAGCUCCUCGACGACCUAGAGCAAGGCAGAGAUCUCAUCGCCAAGUUCCAGGCCAUGAUCUCCAAGCUCAAGGAGGAGCUUGCCAUCGAGAAGCAGAAGGUCGAGGAUGCGGAUUGCUUCGGAAAGUUCACCCAGCAGUACGUGAGUCAGGCCUUGCAGGAGACCGUAGAGCUGAGAGGCGAGAAGCAGCGCCUCGAGGAGGAACAUGCGGCGGUGAAGAAGAAGCUCGAGAGCAAGCAUAAGGCCGAGUGCCAAGACUACAGCACCCAGAUCGAGAAGCUGCGGGCCGAGAAGAAGCGCCUCAUGGCGGACGAUGCAGAGGUCAAGCGCCUCAACAAGGACCUGAAAGAGAAGCGGGAUGUUCAAGUUCGCAAAUUUGAGGUGCUUUUGGCCGAGAAGACGGACCUUGAGAAGAAGGUCAAGACGAAGGAUGAGGAGGUCGAGGAUCUUGAAGAUGAGGUAGCCAUGUUGCAGCAGGACAAUGCGGAGCUUGAGAAGGCCCUCACCGCGCACAAGGAUAGAAUCAUGUCAUUGGAGGAGGGUAUCAGUCUUUACGACCAGGUGUUGAGGGACCGGGCUAGGCAAGGGCAAUAUGGGAACCAGGACGGCUCGGAUCUGUAA